AAAAAAAAAAAAUGUGAACUGUCUCUCUCUAACACAAGCGCGCACACACACACUCUCUCUCUUUUGCUUGCUUUACGUGCAAUAUUCUCUCUCCAAUAAUCACGAACCACAAUCGACCCGUGCGAGUGGGCCCCACCCCGCAUUUUCAUCUCUGCCGAUCAAGAGAGAGGUUCUGAAAACAAUAAGGAUUAUAAGGAGGGUAUUUUAAUAUAGGACUCUAUCUGUACAAGUGUUUGUUUGUUCUUUUGCUUUUUGUUUUUCUUCUUAUUACUUGUGACGGUCCUUUGGUGGGGGACUCCCUUGCCCUUCUCCUCCUUCAAUUCCUCCAUAUUAUUGUAUUAUUAACUUGUUGCCUGUUUCUUCUAAAUUGUACCUUUGUGUGUUAUUAUUAUUAUUGUAUCACCCCCACAACCAAACCCUUUCUACUUAUUACCCUCACAGUCUCCCUCUCAACUGUUCUCUGUGUGAGUACAGUUGCAGUAAUAUAUGCUAAUUAUGGAGUAAAACUUCUUCUGACGAAGACGAAGAAGAUCAAGUUUGAUUGCCCCAUUAACAGCACUAUAGUUAGUCAAUUUCUACUUUAUACUAUGUAUGUAUAUAAUCAUGAAUUGUCUCUCUUUCUCAAUCUUUGAUCUUCUUCUUGUUCUGAACAAUUUUUCUCGAAGACCCUACUUUUUAAUUUCACACAAGAUUUGGAAAACAAAUAGUUAGGAAAAAGAAGAAAACUAUAUUUGUGCAAGUGAAAAAUUCAAUAUACAAGGAUCAAAAUAGAAUUUCGUCAAAUCGAAGAACAAAAAGAAAAGAGCAGUACUGGCGAGCACUCGGCGGCUUCAGGUGUCGGAAUCCGGCGCCUUUGGCGAUUGGGUGACGUCAUCUUCCACCUCAGCCGGAGACCUCUCCUUAGGGUUCAAUGCCGGCCCACCCGCCGCCAACACCGGAGCAAUUUGGCCCUCCUCCUCCUCCUCCUCCAGGCUUCCCCCGGAGCUCUUCUUCGUCUCGCCUGCGCCGGCGGCGCCGCCGCCCUACCACGGCCAGGACACGGCGGCGUCCACCAUCAGCUUCGACCCCCACCCCCUCGGCAUCGGCGUCAUCCCUCUCCUCACCGCCAACCCUUACCCUCUCGGCGCCACCAACGAGGACGGGCUGGCCGCCGCCGCUCGCAUGCACGAUUACCUAAAAAAAGCUACGGCCGAUCUCCAUAAGGGCCCCUCCGCCGCGGCGCCGGGAACCACCUCUUGCCAGGACUGCGGCAACCAGGCCAAAAAGGACUGCUCUCACGGGAGGUGCCGGACUUGCUGUAAGAGUCGGGGCUUCAACUGUUCAACCCACGUGAAGAGCACGUGGGUCCCGGCCGCCCGCCGCCGUGAGCGCCAGCUCAUGGCCGUGAACCCCACCGCCGCCGCCGCCGGAUCUUCCCAAUCCACCUCGGGUGCCCCCAAAAAACCCCGACUCGCUUCUCAAACAACUUCUCACACCUCCACUUCUAACAACAACGCCAACACGCCUAGAAGCUUCGAUACAAGCUCAAGCCAUCAAGAUGCGGGAUUUAAGGAGUCGUUGCCCGGGCAAGUAAACGCGCCGGCAGUUUUCAAGUGCGUGAGAGUGACAGCUGUCGAUGAUGGCGGAGAAGAUGAGUAUGCUUAUCAGGCGGUUGUGCGAAUAGGAGGGCAUGUUUUCAAAGGCUUUCUAUAUGAUCAAGGGUUUGAGGGAAAAGACGUAUUAGUCCCCAAUAUAUCCGAUUUGCAUUUGGGUGGUAGAAAUGGGACUUCUUCUUCACAUCAACUCGUUGAGCCGACUCAUGAUUUGUACGGUGGCACAUUGAUCGGAGGUUCGAGCUAUGGUAACCCCAUAAAUUGAUUUCCUAUUAUGUCAACUCUGGAUUUGCCUUAAGUCAUGUGAAAAUUAUCAAAAAUUAUCCAUCUUAAUCCUUCUCCUCCUUUUAUUUUGGCUUUAACCUUUUCUUUUGUCGUCCUAAAAACAAAAAAAAGGUUUCAAGUCUUCUUACCUAUUGAUCUGAGAUAUAUAAUAUUUCAUUUCCCUUUUAAAUAACUAGUCGGACUUAUAUACACUGUGUACAUAACACGCAUAUGCAAGUAGCUUGCUUGGGUGCAAAUGUACAGAUAUGAAUGAGUAAGUCUUGUCAGGUUUUGAAAUUCUUACGAAUUUUAUGAAAUUAUUGUUAUUGUAUGUACUAUGCUGCUACCACCUUAUAUUAAUCUUACCCUCAACUUUUUCUAUUUGUUUUCUGUUUGUGGAUUACAUUUAUAUAUAUAUUACUCAUGUUUCAACACUUUGUGGUGGUCGUUGGUAAAUUAAUUGUCUAAUUUGAUCAACUUUCAAGUGUUUGUUUGUUAGUUUAGUUCGUUAGGUCAUGUCUUUUACUUGAUUGAUGUUCAUGUACAUACAUUACUUUUGAUUCUUUAAUUUGCUCUAUUGUAGUUUGUGCAGGUUGAUCUUAUAAUGUUGUUCAUUAUUUAAUUUCCACUAUCAUCAUAUAUGGUCUCAGUUCUCACUUACAUAUUGAAACAUGUAUAUGAUUAGUAAGGUUGUUGAUAGGAUUAGACAUUCAUAUUUUUUCAACAUAUAUUAGUUCAAAUUUACAUGUCAUAUUUUAUAAAAAAAUAUAAAUAAAAAUAUUACAUUUUACAUAGUUGAUUGGUUUUUGCUGUAUCAUAUAAGAUUUGUGAUAUGAUAUUUUACAUAACAUGACAAGUAUGUAUUCUUCUUAUAAAGUAUGACAACUUGAUUUAGUUACUAUUUCAUACAAGACUUUCAGUCUUUAACUCUGGCGGAUGUCUCCGUCAUAUGCAUGUUGAUGUAGAAUUAAGAACAGUGAAAGGAUCUCAACUUUCGGCUCUUUUCAGUGCUGCUACAUUAAUGCAUAGUUAUUAUAUUUAUUGCUCACUAAUUUACCUUUUGAAUGUUAGAAUGGGAAAAGGGUUUAAUACUUAAAUUGCAUUUUUGACCCGGUAAUUAUAACGUGGUGGCAUAAUAUUUAGUCAAGUAAUGCAUGUAAUUGAUUCUGGUCCAAUAAGUUUUUCUUUUUUAAUGAUACUCAAUUUAGUUGCAAAAG